AUGAAAGUGCAGCCGACGCCAGGGCAAGCGGAGGCGCAGGUCGGGGCUCAGUAUCAGCAACAGCUGCUUGCGAGGUGUGCGCGUGGAGACCACGAUAGGAAGAGAAAGUAUGGGGCCUGUGGGAUCAUCACUGCCGUGCUGCUCUUCCCAAUAGGCUUGAUUUGUUUGUUUACGGAUUCAGAAGAGAGAUGUGUUCGCUGCGGGCAAAAGAUGUAA